AAAUAUAUUUUUACUUAGCCUUAGAGUGCUCCCACUACCCUCCUUUUUUGCAGAUUGCGAAACAUGGCUGCUCUCUUUGAUUGUUAUUGACUGACAUUAAAACAAUGGCAGUAACCAUGAACCAAUGACAAUCAGUGGAUUUUUAAUAUAUGCUUUUUCCCCGUUAUAGUUAUGUUGCUCUUUUGAUAAAAGAGAUUGAUUGUGCCUGUGUUUUCUCUUGGUUGCUAUGAGUUUAGUGGUAUUGUCCAAUCUCUGUUUUAUUGGGGUGAUUUAGGGGGUUAUUCACAGAGGUGAAGUAAAGAUAAGCUGGAGGGAAGAAAUGAAGUUUAAUAGUGUAAAACAAUGUAUUUUUGUAUACUUUGGUGCAGGAAUCAAAUGGGCAUUUAUUUGUCUGUAAAUAGUUUUUUUUUUAAUAUCUCUUAUGCACCAUUUUGUUAUGCUCCUUUCCUGACAGGAAAAAAUGCAGAGUCUUUAACAGGAAGUGGAAGUAUAGGACCCACCUCUGGCCAUUCAUUGGCUGAUGUUAUCUAGCAUGUAUUGUGCGCCUUUGGUUUGUGUGUGAGCACAGUGCCUCAUACCGGCCAAUUUCCACACAUGCAGGUGGGCUCAGGCCGAACUCUGAUCCAAAAUCAAAAAAUACAAUUAAAUGCUGCAAUUUAGAAGGCCUGUCGAAACACCAUGGUUACUGGGAUAUAGCCGAACUCUAUCAGCUCCUCAGAAAUAGAGGAUUCCUGCGACUGGAUAUUUCGGAGCUGGGACCAGCGUGGCGUCCCCCACUCAGCCAGUGCAGUGAGGGAUAGUGGGGGAGUUUAUGUUCUCAGAUGCCUGCAGGGGAAAUGGGGCCUCUGCUCCCUGCAAUAUGAAAACUCGUCAGAACAAAGACUCAAUGUCGAUGAGAAGUGGAAGGAAAAAGGAGAGUGCGGGCCCAAGGGAAGAGCGCAGAGCAAGGGGGAGAGCCUCCCCAGGUGCCAUCAGCACCUCAAGCAGUGACAGCAAGAGUGAGAAGGGGCGGCCGAGUGCAAAGAAGGGAAGAAUGGACGAUUCUGUCCCAAAAAACAGCAAGCGGGAGCGAGUAAAGGAUUCCUCUGAGAGCGAGGGGGAGGCCGGGAAAACCCAGAAGAAAGCCAAGAUGGAGUCUCCUGAGGUCCCGCGUCCUCCCCCAGAUGAAGAAAGCCUCGAUUGUCAGAGUGGCAAUGAGGAUGGUGGCAGUGACCCAUGUGACAUUGACCAGGAUAACCGCAGCACUUCCCCAAGCCUACACAGCGGAGAUAGUGAAAGUGAUGCAUCCUCUGUUCCAUCCCCAAAAUCUUUCCCUUCUCUGUACCGAGGCUCCUCUCCCCAACGACCUUCUCCCUCACCUGUUCCUGAGCCCACAGUUCUACCACCCCCUUCUCAAGCUCCACAGCCAACUACUCAGAUUGAGCCCCAGGCACCACGAACUUACCAACCAACGCAUCUUCCACAACUAUAUCCAAGUAAUGGUGGACUAGUCAAAGCUGGGCCUCCUCAGCCUGCCCAGAUCAAGCCACCUCCUACAACUCCAAUAGCAGGACUAGGCUCCCCCAGGCCAUUAGGCUCACCUACAGCCCCAGCUUCUGCACCUAACAGUUGUUCCUCCUCUGCAUCUUAUCCCCAUGUAUCUCACAAUUUGCCUCCACCCCCGGCUCUUCGCCCUCUAAAUGCUUCACCUGGACUUCAGUCUCAAGUGGGAGAAAAGGUUGGGCAGCCACUUCCGCCUACAUCUAAUUCACUUCGUUAUCCCCCUUACCCUGGGCAGUACCCAUCCAGUUACCCUCACCCAUACCCGACACAAAGCAAGUAUAAUCAACCACAGCCACCCUCUCAUUCUUCCUGGGGACAGAGUGGUUUAAACUAUGGGCGUGGAGGAGCAGGGCCUUCGUAUCCACAGCCACCCCCCCAAAAUGGACAAGCAGCAGGUGGUGGGCAGAAUAUCGCUGCAGGAUUUCCACCCCCGCACCAUGGAGGCACAAGGGCUCAAUCCCCGCUAAAUAAUCAUCCACCUCAUCCUCACCCCACUACUGGUGGAAUUCAGUCUCCAGCCUCCCAAAUCAGUGUUCUCCAUUCUCAUGGAGGGGCAACAGGCACUAGAGGACAGUCUCCUAACCACCCUCCAAAUAAUGUCCAUCACCCUCAUAUUCUACCAAUUAGAGGGCGCUCACCUACCCCACAGAGCAAUUUGAAUACAGGGAGUACACCUCAGUCAGGCCACCAACCAUCUCACAUCUUACCAGGUGGAAUUAUUUCUCCAAAUCCUUCCUCUCAGAACAAUACCCAAUUGACAUCUUCAGCAGGAGGAAGUGCAAGAGGACAGUCGCCUGCACCUACAAACACCCCUCAUCUCCUUCCUCAAUCCUCUUCGUCAGGUGGGAGCAUGGCAUAUCCUGCGCCAGUGGAGCCCUCAAACCCACCUAACCAACCUAUUUACCAGCCUCAUUCUUCAGCAUCAAUGUGCCAGUACCCCCCAAGUUCUCAGACAUAUGCUAACUAUCCCUUUCAGGGCUUCAAAGGGGCACCUCCAGCUGCUCCCCCUUAUAAAACUGCACCUCCACCACCUUAUAAGCCAGGAUCUUUUCCACCCUCCACACCUCCUCCUCCUUCCCAGGGAUUCAAGGAGACAUGUCCCCCAGCAACAGCUCCUGCCCCUCCACCUAUUCCUCCACCGCCAGCACCUGCUCCUUUUCAGAUAAAGCAAGAACCCCCUGAAGAGAUUGAAGGUGAAGGAGAGAGCCCAGUUCCUCCUCUUAGCAGUCCCUCACCUCCCCCCAAACUUGUGGAUACACCAAGUCAUGCCAGUCAAUCUGCCAGGUUUAACAAGCACCUUGAUCGGGGGUACAACUCGUGCUGUCGCACCGACCUUUACUUUGUGCCCCUGGAAGGCUCCAAACUCUCCAAGAAGAGGUCCGAGCAGAUAGAAAGAGCUCGGAGGGAGAGCGAGCAGAGGGCACGGGAAGAGCGAGACAGAGAAAGAGAGAGGGAACGUGAGCUGGAGAGAAACACGAAACUGGAUUCCCGCUCUCAUGACUGUCCCCAGCUCUGUCCUCCGCCUUCUUCUCACCAUCCAUCCCUGUCUUUACCCUCCCCUUCCUCUGCUGCCCCUCGCCCACCUCACUUUGAGCCCCCUGGUGCAGUGGCAGCAGUGCCUCCCUACCUGGGACCUGACACCCCGGCCUUGCGCACCUUAAGUGAAUAUGCCCGUCCUCAUGUACUCUCACCAGCAGGGCGAGCUCAUCCUCCAGGCCACCCCCCACACCACCCUUUUUAUCUGCCCCUUGGAGACCCUAUUCUUGCCUACAACCUGCCGGCCGUGUUUGCCAGUGACCCAACUCGAGCAGAGAGGGAGCUGCGGGAGAGGCUGAAACCCGGCUAUGAAGUAAAACCAGGAGAAUUGGAAUCCCUGCACCCAUCUUCCAUUCCCCUACCACCACCUCCACACCACCUUGUCCCUUCACAGGCCCCUCCCUCAGCUGCAGGGGUCCCUCCACAGAUGGGACUGCACCCUGCCUUCCCCUAUCAUCACGGGCAACAUACACAUGCCCAAGCACUUGAGCGAGAAAGACUGGCAUUGGGUGCAGGGCCAGGGGCUGCCCAGGGAGCAUCAGCUGGUGCAGGACGGGAGCUGUCCUAUGCAGAGCGCCUGGCUGCAGAGCGGCAGCAUGCAGAGAGAGUAGCUGCACUGAGUGGAGAUCCACUAACUAGACUUCAGAUGCUAAAUGUGACUCCUCAUCAUCACCAGCACUCACAUAUCCACUCACACCUUCACCUACAUCAGCAGGAUGCCAUCCACGCAGCUGCCGCUGCUGUGCACCCCCUCAUGGAUCCCCUGGCAUCUGGUUCUCACCUAACACGGAUCCCAUACCCAGCUACGGCUCUGCCAAACCCUUUAAUUCCCCACAGCCUGCACGACAGUGAUGUUCUCCGGCAGCAAAUAUUCGCUUCUCCCUACCGGGAUCUGCCGUCCUCACUCUCCGCUCCUCUGUCGGCUGCUCACCAGUUGCAGGCCAUGCAUGCCCAGUCGGCUGAGUUGCAACGCCUUGCCCUGGAACAACAGCACUGGCUGCAAGCGCAUCAUCCCUUGCAGGGGGUCCCCCUUCCUGGGCAGGAGGACUACUACAGUCAUUUGAAGAAAGAAACAGAUAAGUCUCUGUAAUAUCGGCUGGGACCACACAGGGGUCAGAGUCCAUCUCUCUGCUUGCAGGCUUCUGACUGGAUAAGACCAUGUCCUGGGUCCGGAGCUGAUAGGUCAGAGUGUAAGGCAGCCUGUUCUACAGAUAGAGAAUGGCUCUCCAUGGACAAUGAGAGAACCCUCGACAGAACAUCAUUCAAGAGAAAUACCCCAUUACAGAGACACAAACCCUAAGAGAGAGUGACGCAUGCUGUGAGACCCCCGUUGGCAUCUCGGGCCUGUAGCCGACAGAGACUGCAAUUAAGAGAUAGUGUGGAAUACAGUGGGACCCAAAGUGACAGAGAUUUUUCAUUAGCCAGCAGCAAAUAGAAAUGAAUGUGUUAAAGCCAACAAGCAGGGGAAAGACUGCCUCUAGGAGGCGACACGGAGACACUCCAUGACAAACACUUGCUACAUUAGUUGAUCUUUUGUGCCCAAGCCAGGGAUGUCCAAUGUGCAGUCCGCUGGUAUGAGUAGAACUACCUGUAACAUGCACUAAUUAAACAGCUGACAGAGGGGACUGAUGGGAACUGUAGUUCAAAGUUGGAUAUUACUGUCCUAAUUGGUUUGUUAACUUAUAUGAUUCGAAAGCACUUCCAGUUCUGACACCCGCAGUGUAGUUAGAUUUGAGUAUUAUAUGUGCAAUGCUGUCUGGCUGUUUGUAGGUUCUGUGACCCUAGCAGCCACAAAUCUGACUUAGCACAUGGCUAAAUAUUUAUUGCUUUUAUGUUAAUUUAUUCUAGUCGGGUCCUGUCCUACUGAGCUCCCUGUUUGUCAUUUGGUUUAAAGGGCAAGCUGGAACUCUCCAAAACAAAAACAUAAAUUGUUUGAAAUAACAUAAAAGGAAACACAUUGUGAAACCAUUUUUAAGUAGACCUUUCCUUUAAAUGGGGCAAAUAUAGAAGAGCUUCUAUUUUCAUGGUAGUAAAAUGAUGACAGUAGUACUUUGCGGCCACCAACUGGCACCCAGUAAUUUCUUAAGGUAUCGGCACCCUGUGGAUGGAGAUAGACUGCAACAACUAGCACCUAAAAUGGGCUCUAUCUAAAGGUGAGAUGCUGGGGUUGUAGUUAAGAAAGAAAAGAUGGCAGUUGUCUAUCCCUGCUCUGUAUUGUCACGACAGUAAGAGCCAAUCAAAUCAUCAGUAACUUUAGAACUAGGUCUCUAGGACAUCCCAUAAAGCAUUAUGGCAGACCCUGCGCCACGAGCCGAAGCCAGUGGUAGAAAGAGAGGUUCUAGGAGGUGGCAUUUAGUGGACAGAAGCAACUGUUUUUCAGAGAGGGUUAUAGUCAGUGAGACAGUCCAAGGCUGAGAACUGGUGACUGGUGACUUUGGGGUCCGGUCCCACCUGGAAGCACAUGACUGUGAGAGAGACAACAGGUUCCUGCAUCGUUGGGACAACUUGUGGCAGUGGAAAGACUUCAGCCCAACCACAAAGAUGGGCACAGCAAAGGACAAGCGUGACAAACUGUGUGUGAGAGAGAGGAAUCCCAGGAUGCCCGUGAGACAGCAGACAACUGAUGGCACUCUCAUGCCCUGUGACAGACUAUUUGUCCCUUGGAUGCCACUGAUUACUUUUGUAUUGUAUAUUCCCCAAAGUGUGUCUAAGUCUGUAUGGCACCAGCACUGCACCCUCGCCACCCACCCCUGCUUACUCUCCAAAUGUGUGUCUGUCCAUGUGUAUGCAUGUGAUGUGAGUGUAAAUGUGUCUGUCCAUGUGUAUGCAUGUGAUGCGAGUGUAAAUGUGUCUGUCCAUGUGUAUGCAUGUGAUGUGAGUGAAAAUGUGUCUGUCCAUGUGUAUGCAUGUGAUGUGAGUGAAAAUGUGUGUGUGGUUCGGUGUGGCACUGACCAUGCAUCAUUAUGGGACCUUUAGCUGAUGAA